AUAUUAUAAUCAAUAAAAAUAAUUCAUGCCUAUAAAACCAUAAUAUGCAAUUAAAUCAAAUUUAUAGGCGGUGACAAACUUAAGAUACCCAUGAAUGCCAUUUGUCACAGGAACAACAAAGUUGUGGCCAUUUGAACGACAACAGUAGAGAUUUGAGCAGAGAGAAAUGCAUUGUGGGUAUCUGUGCUAAAAGUUGAAACGUGUUGUUGUGUCGGUGUUGAACUUCCUCGUGCUGCAGAUGUAGAAGAAGACGAAGAAGGAGGAUAGAGGCGUGACGUCGCUGCCCGCAGAGAGGCCCGUGCUGCGGGAGGAGGCAGGCGGAAAAACGCGCCGUGUGGCGGGGACGGACACUGUGACUCCUGCUGCUGCUGCCGCAGGACGGAGACACACGGAGACCAAAAAAAAAAAAGAGCCGGGACAACUUUACAGAGACGCCGCGCAGCCAUGAUAAUGCGACAGCGACUCCGGAGCUGAUGUGACGGAGCAGCACCGGAGCAGCUGGGAGGACGCGGCGGACAGCAGCACCACCUCCUCUCCCCGGGUCUCCUCGCCUCGGCGCGGUCACUGCGUGUGUGGUGGUGUUUUUGGAGGACAUGUCCUCGCUAACCGUGGAGGAGGAGCAGCAGCAGCAGAGAUGGGCACCGACGCACGUCCAGGUGACGGUGCUGAGAGGCAGGGGCUUACGGGGCAAGGGCAAGCACGGCACCAGCGACGUGUACACCAUCAUCCAGCUGGGCAAGGAGAAAUACUCCACCUGCGUGGCGGAGAAGACCACGGAGCCGGAGUGGAGGGAGGAGUGCUCGUUCGAGCUGCAUCCCGGCGCUCUGGAGAGAGGCGGCGGCGGCGGCGGCUGCCCGGCCGGGAGCAACGAGCUGGUGCUCACCGUCAUGCACCGGGCGCUUAUCGGUAUGGACGUGUUCCUGGGACAGGCUGUGGUCCAGCUGGACAAAGUGUUCAACGAGAGCAGAUGUUUGAAAAACGAGUGGUACAGACUCAACUCUAAAACAGGGAAGAAGGAGAAGGAACGAGGGGACAUUCAAGUGACCGUCCAGUUCACCAGGAACAACCUGACCGCCAGCAUGUACGACCUCGUCAUGAAGGACAAGGGCUUCUCCACCUUCACUAAGCUGAAGGAGCGUAUGAGGGGGAAGAGGAGAUCCAGCGAGGAGGACUCGUCCUCGGUCGUCAUGCCAGGCGGACAGGGGUCUCUGUGUCAGAUACGGAACCGGCUCCCGAGCGAUGGAGGCGGGGAGGAGGAUUACGAGGACGACGAGGGGGGCGAGGCGCGGCGGAGCAAGAUGAGGACCUUUUUCCUAAGAGGGAAGCUGAGGAAGUCGUCAGACACUCGCUCCAGCACGUCACUGGGCUCAGAGAGCAGCGAGUCGUCUCGAGGUGGGAGCCUCAGUCCCACAGCCGGCAUCAGUGUGGUGGUCUCCGACCUCUCCAACUCGCCCAGCAACAGCAGCAACCUGACGGCAGACAACAGCCCAGAGCACACGGCAAACACGUCGCCCAAGUCUUCCUCGUUCAAAUGUGACUUUGGCGACGAGGCCGGCGAGAUCACCAUAGCAGUGCCUCAGCCCACUGUGUGCGUUAACGGAAGCCAUGCCUAUCAAGUCCAGCCGCUGGACCCAGGCUCACAAAAACCUGCGGAUUCUUUAGGCCUGGGGUUGUUGCAGAAGUCUCUGCCUCUCUCCAUGUCUCUACAGAACCUCAGCCCGCACGCCUCGCUGGACCCUCACAAAAGUCCCACGGGAGACGGGCGCCGCUGGUCCUUUGACAAACCCGGCGAGGAGGAAAAAGCGGCUAUAGCGGCGGCUUUGGAGCAAAGUGGGCCCAUGCGGGGCGAGGAGGAGGAAGAGGAGGAGCGUUUGGGACAGGCUGCGCCGUCCAAAGCUGCUUCGGUGGCGGACUCGGAAAGCCAGGGGAAGAAGCAGAGGAGGAACUUUUUCUCCCAUGGGAGGAGUGAGUCUGCUGGGAGGGGGCAGAGUCAGUCAGAGGACGCUCCGGUUGCCACGGGGGAGAAACACAAGGGAUGGUUCGGAUCCAAGGAGUCGCACAGCAAACCCAGCUUGGUGGUGUCACCUAUACUAGAGUUCAGCACUGAUCCUUUCCCUCCACUUCUCCCUACUAGUGACUACCCCCUGGGUCCCCCUGUAGAUCUUAACGCUCUGGUUUCCCCAUUUGAUCACACUAACCCCUUCAGCCAACCACAAACCACACCACCUCCCAUGUCCCCCUGCAACCCUUUCUUCUCUGUUCUCCAGCACAAUCCUUUCUAUGAGGACAUGCUAAUCACUCCGCCCCUAAAACCUUUAUUGCCUCCUUUGCCCUAUCUCUCCAGUUCCCGGCCCCCCAUAGCUCAGCUUUUUCCGCAGAGCCCUAAUCACACCCUGAACCCCGACAACCCAACCGCAGAGGACUCCGCCAUCGAUGCAGAGAAUGACCCGAUGGCCAAAGUUGAGGAAGAAGCCCUUACUCCUGCUCCCAUGGAAGGGGAGAAACCUUUAUGCCAGGACUCAUCCAACCCUUUCAUGUCUGCCAGGGAGCUGGAACCAGAUUCAGAGUGGGACGAAUGCUUUGAAGCAUUUGCAGCUGGCAGGCUGCAGUCUCCCGAGGAUCUCACAACAGAUUGCAAAAUGCAGCAAAGCACUCCCGGUGACCGUCCGCUGGAAAACUACAAUAAUAAUGGAACGUUGCUACCCAUAACAGAUGCUGAUCCGAACACUGAUGCAAAUGAUGCACAGGCUUGCAGUAACUUUCUCUCCGUGGCUCGUGAAACCACCAGUCAGGUGACCAACGCUAAUGCAUUCCACCUGGACACAUUUGCAAAUCUCCUUGAGACAAUCCCAGAACAGUUCAGCUUUGAGAGUGAAAAGGUGACUUUGAAUACUGACUCAGCAAAACCCGAUGCUUGCACAGAUACUAAUCACACUAGCAGUACUAGUAAUGAUUUAAACAACACUAACAUGCACCAUGCCCCCUCUCACACGCCAUCCAUACAGCUCAAUAGUAGCUCCCCAGAUCCUGGUUCGUCAGGUCUUGGCAGUUCAGCUGAAGAGGAUUUCCUGUCCUGUCUUUCUUCUAACUCUGACAAGUUUUCCUCCUCGGAGGAAGCGGAGGCAAGGCACUCGGAAAGCAACAUCCUGGGCUUAGAAAAGGCGCCUGCAUUCACUGUGGUGAAGAAUUCCCAGCCCUUUUCAUCUGAAGAUGACGUCUCUGACAAGUCAAAUGAUCGGAUUUUGUUCGACGCAGUUCAGAAAACUGUCAUUUGGCAGCAGGAGAGUGAUGAGAGGGUAGACAGUACUCAUACACAGCCACAUUCCCCAGUGCUUUUUAAUCCACAAGUUACAAACACUAAAACUGGAGUUGCCGAUACUGAGACACUAAACGUUUCUGAAUUCGUGUAUCCGGACUUGUUGCCAAAACUCUCCGAACUGCAACCAGAAAUCAACAUCUCCUCACAACCUGAUGAUGAAAGUAAAGGCAACGGUCUAAACAGCCCUAUUAUAGAUUUUUCGACGGAGCUCGAUGACAGCUCUGUAAAUAAAGAUGUGAAGAUUCUGGCGACUCCAGAUGAUGAAUUUCCCACUACACUUCCCGCAUUUAACAUCCUGACCUCCUCCCCUGAUGUGAUGCAGAGUUCAUGGGACUUUGGGAGCACUAGCUCAGGAGGCCAACAAGAAGCUCGCCUGUUUUCUCCCGUGCCAUUUAGGGCUUUUGGAGAUGCCGGCCCUGUAGAAAACUUUGACACCACCACUCUGCUUCACACAAGGGUGUCUGACCAGAGCUCCACCAGCUUUCUCCAAAGCCUUUAUGUGAGCACAGACUCGCAGAACUACCAGACCUGUGAGUCUUCCAAGUCCUCCAGUGUGUCCGAACCACACUCUGCAAACUCAACGCUCUGUGGUGAGCUGAGUGACAUCCAAACGACUACUUUGGGCCUACAAGACUCCUUCAGUGCGUCCAAGUCACCCAACCCUAAGCAAACUGACAGAUUUGAAGAAUUCUCUUGUGAAGUUGAUGACAAGGCAGAAAUUCCCAAGGCUCAUUUUUUUAUACCGAAUACCUCUGCUCUGCAAUCUCUUCCUGCACCAUUAACAGACUCUGAAAAGACCUGCUGUCCCAGUGACGGAGGUGUGGAAAGCCAGCAUGUCGUCAUGGAUGACGGGUUCUCAAAAAGCCCCGAGUCCCAGUCUGCUACCCUACACCGCUCUCAAUCUGAGGGCACCCUGACGCAUGCCUUUCAUGAGCUCCUUCUUCCCUCUUUUGGCAGCGAUCCUGGCGCCAUACAGGAGUCCUCCAUGGCUCCGCCAGGCCCUGCCCUUUCCUGUCUGACCUCCUUUGCUCCUUCUUCUCUAACUCCUAGUAGCUCUCCUUUCGUAGCACUCUAUUCCUUCCCUUACCCCGCUAACGCUUUGGCGAGGUCACCAGCCGGUACGGCAAGAGCCGCUGUGCCAAAGACUGAGGAGAUGCAGCAGCAGCAGCAGCAGCAGGAGCAGGAAGCCAGUCAGCAGAACAGUCCUCACCCGGUGAAGCCUCUGACCACUGCCAUGUUGGCCGCCGAGGAGAAGCGGACGGAGGGCCGGUCAGUGCUGGCCACCGGCCUGGAGAAGCUCAAGUUCACCAUCAGCCCGGGGAGGAGCAGCCAGACCAGCACCAGCGAGCAGGAGAUGCCGGACAGGAAGAAGUUUCUGACCGAGGGCGCGGGGUCGUACUAUCACCUGACCCACAGCGAGCUGGUGGCCCUGCUGGUGCAGCGGGAGGCGGAGCUGGAGAGGCAGAAGGCGGAGUUUGAGCGCCACAGGGUUCUGCUGGCCAAGCGCGAGGUGGAGCUGAAGAGGCUGAAGCCGCAGGUCAGAGAUCUGGAGGACUACAUUGACACACUGCUGGUGCGCAUCAUGGAGCAGAAGCCCACGCUGCUGCAAGUGGGCUCCAGGGUCAAGUGACGAACAAUUUGGGGGGGAGGGGGGUAGCGGGGUUUCGCAGUUCAACCCUCAUGUGUUCACUCUAACCUCCACAGCAGCUCUCUAGUCUUUUCACUGCUAAGCUGUCUCUUUUUGAUACGAAUAAUUAGGCAAGGAACAUGUCGGGGUUAGUGUUUUUCCUGCCGGUGUGCUUUACUGAGCUGGAAGCGAAUUCUCGUGGGAAAGGUUCCCGGUCCGGGAGGGUUAGUUCUGAAUGUCGCGGGUCCUCAGGUUGUUUUCAGGUUCACACAGACGAGCGAGUCCAGUGUCCGCUGAUGCCCACACUCCUCAGUUUUCAGUCUCCUGGUUGUAGAGAACACCGAUUCUUUCCUUCUCACCGCUCACGUGUCACUUCUAUCACUUUAUCACAAAUACGAAGUAUUGUAGAGGCGUCAAUUCAUAACAAAGUGUCCAGUAACCCCACAGACUGCACCUGUCUUCAUAUAUAAAAUGCAUCAUUUCUGCCGUCUGUGUUCUAGAGGCUCAAAUAAUGGGAAAGCUUUAAAAUGAGAGAUCUGAAAACUUUUGCCACUUUUGCUCAAAACAUUGCUCAAACUGAAAACAGUUAAUUAAAUAUUAAUAGACUUGCAUAAUUAAUGAAAUCAGGUUUCAUAAGGUC